AUUUAGGUGUAUGUAAAAAUUUUAUUUAACAAAAAAACAAAAAAAAAUUUUUUUUUUGUGUUUUCUAGAAAGAUGAUAUAGGUAAAAUAUUAUAUACUCGUGUAUGUGAUUUAAUAAGAUUAGAAGAAAAAGAUUAUUUUGGUUUAACAUUUAUUGAUAAUGAAAAUAAUAGAUGUUGGCUUGAUAAUGAUAAACGUGUACGAAGUCAAUUGAAAGGUGUUGAUUCAAUCUUUUAUUUUCAAGUUAAAUUUUAUCCACCAGAACCAGCUUUACUUCAAGAAGAUAUUACAAGGUUUGUUUUUAUUUUUCGAUAAAAAAAAAUUUUAGAAUAAUUCCAAAGAUUCAAAUGUCUACCUUUGAUUUUAUUUGUUAUAUUGAAAAUAAUGAUACAUCAGAAAGAAAAGUAUUAACCUAUUCGACAUGGAAUCAUAUUUGGAACUAAUCUGUCGAUCCGAACUUCGAAUUAUGCUUACGAGAAGUUAGCCAAAUAGUAUUCAUUUAUGAAUUGGGAUAUCUUUUAGCUAUAUUAAAUAAUUAUUGAAAUUGACACAUUGUUUGUCUUCAUAGAACUGAUUGCUUAAUUGUUAUAUUUUUCAAUUUUUGCUUAGAUAAUGGUCUUUAUUAAUUAGACUAUAAGAUUUAUUAGUGGUAGGUGACACUAGCUUUUCAUUUUGUCUGCUAAAAUAUGGAACCUAACACGUGUUCUUUGACUGCAUUACACUAAUACAAUAUUUGUAAUAUGAAAAAAUCUCUAGCAGACUACAAUUGUUUCCAAAGAAGCAAUCUAUCUUAUUUCGAACACAAAGCUUUUUAUUUGCACUCUAAUUCUUUGUUUGCCUUGUUGCUUUUCAUUUUCUUCUUCUGCUUUUCUUAAUCGAACUUUAUUAUUCUGACAAAUACACCUGAAUGUUCAGCUCAUUUGCUGUGUUUUAUGCUUUUCAUUAUCUGUAGAACUCGUUGCACUGAUCAUUUUGGCAAAAAAAAAGAAAUAUUCAAAUAUCAUCCGAUAGAGGACCUUGAGUAAAUAAAAAUCCUAAAGGAAUUGCGACCGAUGGCUUUUUCUUCAAAAGUUACGACUACUUUCCUGAUUUUCCAUAUAUACUCUGAAAGUUUCAUAAUUCUAUCGUCUUCUUUUCCCGAGCUACAGGACAUUUCUAUAACUCGGGAAAAGAGAGUAAUAGAAUUGUGAAGCUCCUUAAGACUACCAUCAAACAAAUUUUGAUUCUCUGACGAGGGAACCUUCCGAGGUGCUAAAAAGCUUUUGAGCCCAAAUUUUGUCCAUAAGUAGGGGAUAUAUAGACUAGAAAAAGCCUAAGAUAGUAUCGGCUCAAGUUGCAAUUUGGCUGAGAUAUCAGCUUUUUACUAGAAUUUUCCUAUAGGACCCCAUUUUCCC